AUCUUUUUGUCAACAGAAGAUAGUCACGUAACGCUGGAUUGAUCAGUCUUUAACUUUCAAUACACUGCCCAUAUAGUUGUGGGUUCAUCUUUUAUAAUACAAUUAGAUAACUAAUAAGCAGCGCGUUAAUGUGGCCAGUGUGAUGGUAUUUCAUAACAAUUCAACUUUGACACCAAACACCCACUCACGUUGUGUGAGGACUGCUGAUGCUGUGUUGUUGUCAACCAGCUAGCAUCAGCUACGCCUACGGGCAAGCUGCUGUUAGCAUUUACGAGCUUGCUUCUUUUUCUCUUGUUUCACAAACAAGUGAUGGUAUUUUGUAUGGUAUUUAUAUUCGUGGAAUUCACGAAUAAUAAUAAUGUGCUGCAAAUAGCCAGCGACGUUCCCUGUAAAAGUCAAAAGCUCGACAUACCGACUUAUCAAAGUUUUGUUUGACUGACCAUGGAUCCGACUUGCAGUGCUUCGGCUGCUCAAGCUGGUUUAAGUGUCCAGGUGUGUUUCCCCGGUGCCCGUGCGGCUGUUUUGGAGAAUCUGAACCGGCAGCGGGAAGAGGGCAGGCUGUGUGACCUCUCCAUCCAGGUGCAAGGACAAGUGUUCAGGGCCCACCGCUGUGUGCUCGCUGCAUCCUCACCUUACUUUCAUGACCAGGUGUUACUGAAGAAUGUUACAACUGUUUCCUUACCCUCAGUUAUGGACCCAGUGGCCUUUGAGAGUGUCCUUAGUUCCGCCUACACAGGCCAGCUAAGCAUUGUGCUUGAUGACAUUGUUAACUAUGUCACUGUGGCCAGUUUUCUCCAGAUGUGGCAUAUCGUGGACAAAUGCACUGAGAUCCUGAAGAGGCCUCGGCCCCCAGCAGAUGUCGGCCCUGGAGAGACCGCUGCAGCUCACCCUGGCACUGCAUCUCGCCAGCAGUCCCCAAGCAGCACAGACUGCUUAUAUCUGGAAAGGGAGGAAAGAAGGAAGGAAAGAAAGCCUGAUGCCUUGCCUCCCUUAGCUACAUGGAGACGUCCACAGCAGUUUCCUAGAUGGGGACGGCCACGGCCUUCAUCAGCCCAGCACUUAGCCGACUCUCAACUGGACACCCUCCCUUGCUAUACAGAGAGUGAUUACACCAACUGGGAGGAGGCAUGGGUAUCGAGCCAUUCCAAAACGAGCCACUUUGCUCAUGAUGGACCUGGCCACAAUAGCCGGUACCAUGGGGGGGUCCCUUGUGGUGAAGCAUUAAAGCAGAAAGUCAGGUUUCAACAGCGAGCAACACCGCAGAGCGUUGUUAGACGGCUUGAUAAGAACAGAGAGAGCGGGGACAUUGAUGAGACACAAGAGAAGAGGAAGAAGGAGAAGAGAGAGAUUGAGGCGGAUGAGGGAGUUGGAGAAGCAGCAGGCGUGGAGAAGAAGGGAGGCUUUGGACAAAUGGGACAAUGCGCAGACUUCAACCCAAUUUCAAAUGAGAAUGUAGGACAAGUCACGGGCAAGGCGGGUGUGGAGGAGACAAAGGAAAAAGUGCAAAGAAAUUUGGUAGGAAGAGAUCCUUCUUCAGACCUGCCCAGUGAUCAGGCUUGCCAAACAGGUGAAGCAGUUCCGGGCCCUUCCUGUCCAGUCUCGGACCGACUGCAGUGGCAGACAAGUCCCUGGUCUCAACAAGACCAGAGGCCGCAGGAAGUAGAGGGUGGCAGCUGCAGUAAAGACGAGGAUGAAGACGAUAAGGAGGAGGAUGUGGACUUUGAAUGUUUCACAGAAGGGAUGUUUAGUAGAGACACAUAUGAUGAGAUUGAAGAUGGCACAGGACAAGUUUCCCAGAGGCCUUUAGUGCCUGUGUCUCCUGACUUCACCACGACAGGCUCGGAGGUGAACUGGCCCUCCACCAGCGUGGGACAGGGUAGCUCAUUGACUCCCACCUCAAGUCGCCAAUUGUCUCCAUCCUCUGCUGCAUUUCCGCCACCCUCUUCACCCCCAACGCCAUCUUCGUCCUCCUCAGUGUCCCUCGCUGGCGCCCCCUACACAGGCAAAGUCCACUUCUGCCACUGCGGAAAAGCCUACACCCUGAAGAGUAUGCGUGACCGGCACGUGAAGAUGCAGCACCUCAAUCUACGGCCCUUCGGUUGUCCCGUUUGCACAAAGUCCUUCAAGAUGAAGCACCACCUAACCAAGCACCUCAAGACUCAUGGAGGGCUGCGGCCCUAUGAGUGUGGCAUGUGUGGGAAAAAAGUCAUUUGGAGAGACAGCUUCCUCCGGCAUCAGGCCCGAUGUGAGAGACUUGCCUCCAGCGCCUCAGCUAACGGCAACAACGCCAGCACAGCUGCAGCGGAUAUGGAUGACGGCUACAGUUAUGGAUUUGAAGACGGGGGUGCGUUUCUUGCAAACGGAGGACAAGUGAAAGUCGAAGAGGUGGACUUUCACGGGGAGAUGGAGGACGGGAUGCAUGGCUUGUUGGGCAGUGUGUCUGGGAUUGUGGAUGAGCUAAGAACUCAGACACAAAACCUGGACGCCGGUAGUCAUGUUUUUAAAGAGGAGGCGAGUGAGAGCUUUUGUUAAAAUUAAACAUGAUUGUUAAAGUGUAUAUAAAUAAAUACAUGCAAGAAGGACAAUGAAUUACACGGUGACUUCAAAAGUCUGCGGACACAAAUCACUGAAGGCGUCUGAGCUGCCGCUUUUGUUUUCAUCCUUUUUAUGUGCAUUAUUUUCAUGUCUUGGAUAUUAAAGAAACAAGAAGAAGAAAAAAGGAGCAGUCGUGCUUCUUUCAAGUGAUCCUUUUUAAUGUGUGCUGUGCCAGGUAGCCUCAGUUCUUGUUUAGUGACGCUGUAAACUGAAUUUGAAUGCACUUCUUGAGCCAGAUCAAAAUUCAAUGGAUUUUGCACAUAAAUUAUUUGCCAUCAAUCUGCAUUAAAAAAUAAAUACAAGGGUAUAAAAAAGUUUUCUGUGCCAUAUUGAUGUAUCUUCCUUCUAUGUAAAGAGAAGACACCUUGGUAUAUAUGGUAAUAAAACCAGUUGUUGCAAUUUA